AGUUUACUGUUAUUUGUGUUAAAUAGUAAUACAAAUGUUUAUAUAAUAUAUUAAUACAACAAUCAUAUGGAUUGAAGUAUUGAUCAAUUGAUAGUUGUUUUCAUUUAGAUGUCACACAUGUUAUAGUAAACAAUAUUUCAAUAUUGAAUUCAUUUGGGAUCAAUUGCAGUGAUGUCUGGCAAUCAAUGGAACCAUUUGUUCAGUUAUGACACUUUGGUUCAUGCCAUCUCUGGAUCAGUUGGCGGAAUGACAGCAAUGGCCGUCUUCUUCCCGUUGGAUACGAUUAGAUCCAGACUUCAGAUAGAAGAUAACCGUAAGUCUAAAGACACGCUAACUAUGAUAAAGGAAUUGGUGGCCGAAGAAGGAAUUGAGUCUUUAUAUCGAGGAUUAAGACCUGUUUUAGUGAGUCUUUGUGCGUCUGGUUUCGUAUAUUUCUAUACAUUUCACGGCUUAAGAGCUGUUUUCGGUCAAAACAAAGCAAAAUAUUCUCCUCUAAAAGAUUUAACAUUGGGUGCCAUCGCUGGUGUUGUCAAUGUAUUGAUGACAACUCCUCUAUGGGUGAUAAAUAUGAGACUCAAAAUGCAGGGAACUAUUGUGUCUGAAGCUGACAAACAUUUGAGAAAAUAUCCUCACUAUGAGGGUGUCAUCGAUGCCAUGACUAAGAUAUACAAUACUGAAGGUCCAUCUGGUUUGUGGAGCAGUACUUUGCCAUCGCUUAUGUUAGUUUCAAAUCCAGCGAUUCAAUUCAUGAUUUAUGAAAUGCUAAAACGCGAGGCACUAGUAUUUCUUAAAGCAGACCAAUUAAGUGGAACCGUUGUCUUUGUGUUGGGAGCUAUUUCUAAGAGCAUCAGUACAGUUGUCACUUAUCCAUUACAAAUUGUUCAGUCAAAACAAAGAUAUGGAACCGAUGAAAUAAAGAAGAAACCAAUUAUUGAGAUAUUUAAGACUAUUGUCAAUAAACAGGGAUUCAAUGGUUUAUACAAAGGCAUGGAAUCAAAGCUUUUACAGACUGUGUUGACCACUGCUCUGAUGUAUCUCUUUUACGAAAAGAUUUCUUCGACAGUCUUUCAAUUAAUGAGAGCAUCAAAACGUGUCAAAAGUCAAUAGAUUUAUAUUUUAUU